UUGUCAUAACCUUGAAUCUUGAAGUAAAACUUUGACAUAUUUGUCAAUUGUCUAUUUACAUACAAAUUUUAGCAAUAAGUUUCCAGUUAAUUGCGUAAAUUAUAUUACGUAAACAUGCACUGCUUUGUGGCAGAAGUCACACUGACCAAGUGUGGACUUUUUUAAACCUAAUUUACUUAUCCUGACGUAAAGUAUGAUUAAAAUCUAAUGUCUAUUGUUCCUAGCAGUGUAGCUUAAUUAUGCUGUGAUCAGUCAUCGAGAUGAAUAGAAUCUUCAGAGUAUUAACGAGAAAAAAAAUAUUAGACGCUUCCAGUUUAACAGACACCCAAUUAGCGAGAGUUCUGAAUACUUUUGACCUUACUGCUUUAGGUGUCGGAAGCACGCUCGGGGUGGGCGUUUAUGUAUUAGCCGGUCAAGUUUCCAAACAAGUAGCUGGUCCAGCUGUCAUUUUGUCGUUUCUUAUUGCGGCAGUCGCAUCAGUCUUCGCAGGGCUGUGUUAUGCAGAGUUCGGUUCGAGAGUACCGAGAGCUGGGUCGGCUUACGUUUAUAGUUAUGUUUGUAUAGGUGAAUUUGUCGCAUUUAUUAUAGGAUGGAAUCUCAUUCUGGAAUACGUCAUUGGUUCUGCCAGUGUAGCGAAGGGACUUAGUCUUUAUUUAGAUACUUUAAUUAAUAACACUUUGCAAAAUACAUUUCGAGAGAUAGCACCAAUUGAUGUCAGCUUUCUCGGAUCCUAUUUUGACUUUUUCUCAUUGGGAAUUUCUGUGAUAUUAGCGAUUGCGUUAGGAUGUGGAUUGAAAAACAGCGCGCCAGUCAACACUGUAUUUACCAUGCUUAAUUUGUUUGUAGUAGUUUUUAUUGUCAUCGCGGGAUCAUUUAAAGCUCAUCCCGAAAAUUGGGAUCUCCCACCCCCUACAGAUCCCUCAUAUGGAAAGGGAGGCUUUUUUCCGUACGGAAUUUCCGGUGUAAUUAAAGGGGCGGCGACCUGUUUUUACGGCUUUGUCGGGUUUGAUUGCAUCGCAACCACAGGCGAAGAAGUGAGAAAUCCACAAACGGCGAUCCCUUUCGCCAUUAUCGCCUCGUUGGCAAUUAUAUUUUUGGCAUAUUUCGGAACAGCGAGCAUAGUCACUUUAAUGGUCCCCUACUACUUGCAGGAUGUAAAUGCUCCGAUUCCUCACGCAUUUGAGUUGGUCGGUUGGGAUAUUGCCAAAUGGAUUGUUGCCAUUGGGGGAAUUUUCGGGCUGUGUGCGAGUUUAUUUGGGGCUAUGUUUCCUUUACCACGUAUUAUUUAUGCCAUGGCGAGUGAUGGCAUAAUUUUUAAAUUUUUGGGAAGGGUUAAUUCCAGAUUCCAGACACCUCUCAUUGGUACCUUAUUAGCCGGACUGCUCACAGGGUUAAUGUCUGCUUUGUUUGACCUAAAACAUUUGGUUGAUAUGAUGUCGAUUGGAACUUUAUUGGCAUACAGUAUAGUAGCUGCUUGUGUUUUAGUAUUGAGAUAUUCACCGAGUGAAGAACGGAAGUAUGACUUAGUUCCCGCGACAUCAGACUCCGAGACUGAUGGUAAUAUUAACAAUGAUAGCUUGCUGGCCACAACAAGCACGGACGUUCUCGCCGCGGACGAAGAGGUGACCUUCUGUAAUGUAGCGAAACAAACAUUCAAUUUACGGAUGUUACGGCUUCCCACUAGAGUUUCCCAUACUGUUGUAGUUGUUCAAAUAUACAUCUUUGUAAUUGCGUCUGUGUUCCUGUGGUUAUGCGCAAUUUACUUGGAAGACGAAAUAGUAGAAGCGCAAGCUUGGACGAUCGUUUUACUAUGCACAAUUGGACUUGUGAUCAUUUUGUCACUAAUGUCUAUAGGAACGCAGCCAAAUUCGCAGACUAUAUUAAAUUUUAAGGUUCCCUUAGUUCCAUUAAUACCAGCUCUGAGCAUUUUGAUUAACAUUUAUCUUAUGCUCAUGCUGGACGUGCACACUUGGAUACGAUUUGGAGUGUGGAUGGCCGUCGGCUUGCCUAUGUACUUCAUGUCUGUAAGAUAUGAUAGUCCCUUAAGUAUUUAUACAGUGCAUGCAAAACCUAACGGUGCUUUCCACAAUACGCAAAAAUCGAAUGGACAAGCAAAUAUAAAUUAUGUAAUAGAUGAAACAGAUGGAGAGAAUAAAAAAGUUACGAUGGAGCAAAGUGAAGAAUUAGCUAUGGUUGUCGCAAAUAAUUUAAAUAAGUCAUCAAAUGUCAAACCUAAAGCUCCACUUCCUCCCAUUGUGUCUAACAAUAUCAGCAGUCCUCUGUGUUCGUCAUUAGACAGUUUAAGUGUCUCAGGUGCUUUAGCUGCUUUAGACGAGGUGCUUACUAAAGAAGAGCUUGCAAUUGGGCAAUCGUUCUCCUACGAAAACCCGUUCAGUCGAAAAAUAUCUAUAGAUACCGUAUCCAAUGUCUCCAACUUACACUUUGAAGAAUCAGUCAUUGCUCUUAUACACAACGAAGAUAUCCACCAUGAGUUUGAACGCUCACUGCCUAUUUUAGAAGAACAAACCGACAUCGAUUCAGAUACCUCAUCAAAUGAGGUCACCAUGCACGAAAUUAACCAUUAUUUAGAUCUACCUCCUCCCCCACCUCCCAUGGACGGAUUUUUAACGUUCAAAAUGAAACCACUCGAACCCCGGCCAUCCUUGACUCGUUCUAAGAGUGCACCUGACCUCAUUUUCCACAGCACAAAUCCCAACCCUCCGUCAAGAACAAGUAGCGUGCACAGUGAGCAGGAAGACCAGAAUAUUUCAAUAGGUAGCGAACGGUACGAAAAAGUCGCCCUAAAAUUGAACGACUUUCUGUCUAGGCACUCUAUGGGCGUACCUAUGGUGAAACUUACAAAACCUGAGGCCAUCGACGAUCGGGAAGAUUUACCAAAGUCCCCGUCGAAUGUGCCAAAUUUACAGUGGGUCCUGGCGGAAAUGUCAAAGCCAGAGCAAAGUGAUGACGGAGUUAUAGAAGAAGAGGCCAUGAAACCGGCGGAUAUUAAGAAAAAAUUAAACGAGCUAUUAAAGUCUGAUCCUAGAUCGGUUUUGAAUUUGCAUAAAUCUAAUGUCAAAAGCGAAGUUAAAGGUGAAGAGGUGGAUAAUAAGAAGAAUAUUCCCAAUAUUGUAAGCGGUGAUGAAGCAAAUUACAAAAAUAUUCAUAAAAAUUUGAUGGGUAAUACUUUAAGGAACAUAAAGCUUUUGAAGAAAAACAGCUUUAUGUCAAAUGGUAUUGAAGGUGAUAAAUGAAUGAGAUUCAUUUGAGAAUUUAGCGGGGCCGACAGAUACAUCCAACAUGAUUUUGCGACUGAGAUACUCUAAAUGUUUCUAAAAAUACUCCUUUCAUAUUUCCAUUUGUGUCUGUGCUGUCCAUUUGAGAAAUUUGUGUUCAGCUUUUCAUUUUGAUUCACGCCUCCUACCACCUUUUGCUUGGGAAUUAAGGAUCAUUGUAGUUUUGUACAUUAGUAGAGUAGAUGAUUGCAUGUUAGGUGAUUAAUAUUGUGAAACGUGCAUGCGUAGUGUAUCCACACUUAAAUCAUACAUUAU